UACAUCCCAGCUUCUGGUAGUCUUAGUUUAAUUAUUUGCUCUACCUGUGGCUUGAGCGUCAAGUAUCAAAAUCUAUAAUCAAAACUCAAAUUUCAAAUCAAAUCCCUAUUAAUAGUCAUAUAAAGUUAAUAUUUUAAUUGAGAAAGAAAUGGAAGGCGAUGCAAAAGAUAAUACAAAAUCUUUCUCGGGAAUACCUGACGCAAUAUUUGUUGAUAAUGUUGAUGAAUUUAUGAGUAUGCCUGAAAAUUCUGAAGGAGUAGAAAAGGUUCUUCGAAAGCUCGACGAACAGCAUGGAAAAUAUAAAUUCAUGGAAUACACUUUGAACACAAAGAGGAGGCGACUGCGAGAGCAAAUCCCAGACCUAGCUCGUACUCUUGAAAUGAUUGAAAAGUUAAAAGCACAAAAGGAAACAAUGCAGACACAGUUUUUGCUUAGUGACCAGGUUUUUGUUAAGGCAGAGGUACCACCCACAAACAAUGUGUGCUUGUGGCUUGGAGCGAAUGUUAUGCUUGAAUAUACACUAGAGGAUGCUGAAAAUCUUCUUACCACGAAUAUGGCAACAGCUACAAAAAAUCUUGCUAAUGUUGAACAUGAUUUGGACUUCUUGAGAGAUCAAUGGACUACUACAGAAGUAAAUAUGGCUCGAGUCUAUAAUUGGGAUGUCAAGCGUCGUCAGGCAGCCAAGGCUUCAAGCUAAUUCUAUGAUAUAAAACACUCAUUCAUCUCCAAAUUGUUCUUAUAUAAUUUUGUGAUGUUCCUAAUUUCUUUUUUGAAUUUUGAACUUUGCUUUUCUAGAAUUAAAAUUUCUAAAUAAAAAAUACAUAAUAUGUAAA